AUGGCUGAUCGGGGGAGCACGCUGUGUCUGUUUGAUGUGGACGGGACUCUGACAGCUGCCAGGCAGAAAGUCACUAAUGACAUGGCAGAGUUUUCUUCAGAACUUGAGAAAAAGAGUAAAGGUUGGAGUUGUUGGAGGUUCAGAUUUUGAGAAAAUCCAAGAACAGCUGGGAGUAGAUGUGGUUGAAAAGUUUGAUUAUGUGUUCUCUCUGAAAAUGGGCUUGUUGCAUACAAGGAUGGACAGUUUCUAUGCAAACAGAGCAUCCAUGCACACUUGGGGGAAGAUGUGUUGCAAGAUCUAAUCAACUAUUGCCUAGGAUACAUCGCCAAACUCAAACUACCAAAGAAAAGGGGCACUUUUAUAGAGUUUAGAAAUGGGAUGCUAAAUGUCUCUCCCAUUGGAAGAAACUGUACCCAGGAAGAACGCAUUGAAUUCUUUGAACUGGAUAAGAAGGAACAGUUUAGAGAGAAGUUUGUGGCGGAUUUACGGAAGGAAUUUCAAGGGAAGGGUUUAACAUUUUCAAUAGGUGGACAGAUUAGCUUUGAUGUGUUCCCUAAUGGCUGGGACAAGACUUACUGUCUGGGAAUUCUUGAAAAAGAAGGAUUUUCCAAAACAUACUUCUUUGGUGACAAAACCAUGCCGGGUGGAAAUGAUUAUGAGAUUUAUACAGACUCUAGAACAAUAGGUCACUCUGUGACUUCUCCUGAAGACACUAGAAGAAUCUGUGAAGAAUUAUUUUUUCAAUGA